CCUAAUGUCUCCCACUGGGCGGAGCUGGACAGGGCAGGGCCAACCUGCUGGUGGCUGAACUCAGCUUUUGCAUAGCGAAGCACAGCUUUGCAUACCCAAUGAAGACAGGCAUUUAAAGGCGCCGCUGGUGCUUCAAUCCUUGUAGUUAACUCCGCGCGGAUCCACCCUUCGCAAUGCAUCCCUUGAUGCGUACUCUGCUCCUGAUCUUCCUGGGCUUGCUUCUUGCCAGCCCUGCGGCCUGGGCGCGCACAGUCCUAAACCGCCCCCCCCMGCUUGGUAGCUUUUCCUGGGAUAACUGUGAUGAAGGGAAGGACCCUGCUGUGAUCAAAAGCCUGAUGUUGGAACCUGACCCCAUUGUCGUUCCUGGGAAUGUGAAUGUCAGUGUUGAGGGCAAGACCAGUGUUCCCCUCACUUCGCCUCAGAAGGUAGAAUUAACGGUGGAGAAGGAAGUGGCUGGCUUCUGGGUCAAGAUUCCAUGUGUGGAGCAGCUUGGCAGCUGUACCUAUGAAGACUUCUGUGAUGUGCUUAACACCGUAAUUCCCCCUGGGGAGCCCUGCCCAGAGCCCCUACACACCUAUGGACUUCCCUGUCACUGUCCCUUCAAGGAAGUAUGCCUUUGUCUUCCUUCGCCUUGUUUGCUGAGGCCCAAUUCUGACUCUCUGCCUCUGCGUGUCUUCAAGCCCUUUUCUGUGAUGAUUCUGCCGAGCUCACUGAAUAUCCUUAUGUGCCACUUACAUUUCAAGCUGGGACAAGCAGCUCUGAACUAAGGGAGGAUGAGUGUGGCAGUUCCCAAGAGCCCAGAUUGUCUGUGGGCUAGCUACAUCAUUCUCCUCCUCAUCCAGAUAACUUUUUAAGAGCUUCUUUUAUUUCCAAGGAAAGGAAACCAACAUGUUUGGGGACUUUAAGUUCAGACUGACCCAGUCUUGGCCUCUAGAAGUACCUUUUUAACUUUCUCUUUCUUUUUGUCACUAACUGAAAAGUAGAGUUCAGGGUAUUAACAUUUUUCAUCCUACUCCAACCCCCUCCUAUAGUAAAGGGGCCGAAGUAGUUGAUCUCCAUCUGUUCCUCCAUUAACUUCU